GCGAAGGCAGCUGGCUGUCGCGUGCGCUGGUGUUGCUUUCCAGUUAAGCAGAAGAAACUAAAAUAGGCCCAAAAAACCCUGAACGUGUCCAAACAACUCGACUAGUUUAAACUGGUUUCGCACAUAACUGGUUUUACAUUUGUGUUACAGUUCAAAUGCAGAAGGUUGAGAAAAAUGCUUUAAUUCACCUGCGUUUACUUUGCUAGGUAUACGCCUUUUCUAGUGAACUGAAAAGACCUCAAACGCACCAUUCCUGGGUGUGUGUGGAUCCAGUAAUUCCCUGCUGACUGGAAACAGUUCGCUGAAAGGCAUGGGACCGCGGUCCGAGCGGUGACACAGCAAAGCUGAGGACAGCUUGUUUCACUUUAUAGCAACAUCAACGUUACUGUCACCCCUCAACCCCGCCAUCAUCUCCCUGCUGUGUGGUGGUGAGGGGCAACGCUGGGCUGACUCCGGAUCAGCCCGUGCUGGAGGAUGGAGAUAGAGAAGAGGACGAAUGGGUUCGACUACCCAGAGAGAAACAACGCCAAGUCAGCGAACGGUUUUUAUGGUGACCAUCCCCUGGAGACAGAACCCAGCGACAGCAUGGAUGCAAUCAAUGAAAGUAGCCUGGAUGAUGCAGCUGACCAGCGUACUUGCCUUAUUUGUGGAGACCGCGCCACAGGCCUGCACUAUGGCAUCAUCUCCUGCGAAGGCUGCAAAGGCUUCUUCAAGCGCAGCAUCUGCAACAAGCGGGUGUACCGCUGCAGCCGGGACAAGAACUGCGAAAUGUCCCGCAAGCAGCGCAACCGCUGCCAGUACUGCCGUCUGCUCAAGUGUCUGCAAAUGGGGAUGAACCGCAAAGCAAUCAGGGAGGACGGCAUGCCAGGAGGGAGGAACAAAAGCAUCGGGCCUGUGCAGAUCACAGAAGAGGAGAUAGAGCGAAUCAUGUCAGGGCAGGAGUUCAAGGAGGAUGCCCCGGAGCACACCUGGGGCAACAACGGCGACAGCGACCACAGCUCCCCCAGCAACGGAGCCUCUGAGGGCAACCAACCGUCUCCCGCCUCCACUCUGUCGUCCAAUCGAUCCGUAGAGAUGAAUGGCUACACAGCAGCGCUCAGGGACCAGUACAUCAACACCUCCAUGUCCACACACUACCAGCUCCUGCCUCACCUGUUCAGCUACGCAGCCCAGUCAGGCCUGCUGACCCCUCAGCCUCGCGGCCUCUAUCCACAGUCCCACCCUCUGGUGCUGCAGCUUGUGGCUGCUGAGGACCUGUCCCCCCUCACCACCCCAAUGCUGAUAGAGGACGGGUACAAGGUAACCCAGGUGGAGCUGUUCGCCCUGCUGUGUCGCCUGGCGGAUGAACUGCUCUUCCGGCAGAUCUCCUGGAUCAAGAAGCUGCCUUUCUUUUGCGAGCUGUCCAUAGAGGACUACACCUGCCUGCUCAGCUCCACCUGGCAGGAGCUCAUCCUGCUGUCUUGCCUCACCAUCUACAGCGCCCAGAUCUUCGGAGACCUGGCUGACGUCACUGCCAAAUACACGCCGUCUGAUGAUGAGCUGCAGGGCUUCAGUGAAGAUGGGAUGGAAGUGAUGGAGAGGCUGAUAUAUUUGUUUCGUAAGUUCCACCAAUUGAAGAUCAGCAAUGAGGAGUACGCCUGUAUGAAGGCCAUCAACUUCCUCAACCAAGAUAUCAGAGGACUGUCCAACGUCUCCCAGCUGGAGCAGCUGAACAAGCGCUACUGGUACGUGUGCCAGGACUACACCGAGUACAAGUACCCGCACCAGCCCAAGCGCUUUCCUGAGAUCAUGAUGUGUCUGCCCGAGAUCCGCUGCAUCGCAGGGAAGCUGGUGAACGUCCCCCUGGAGCAGCUCCCCCUCCUGUUUAAAGCAGUCUUGCACUCCUGCAAAUCCAGCCUGACCAGCUACCGGACCGGCCCGUCGCCCUGCGCGACCGCCCCCUCUGGAAACUAACCUAUCCCGACUGCCGAGCCUAGGGACCGGUCUCCCCUCCUGUGAAUGUGACAAGCAGCUAGUUCUUUUUUUUUUUUUGUAAUAUUUUUCUUUAUAUAUUUAUUACACGACAGAGCUGAAUGUAUGCUGAUUUACACUGUGCACAUCUUCUGUACAAAACAAAUGCUCAAAGAUGCAUUGGUCUUUGGAGUUUACAAGUGUAUAUCCAGUUUGCUCAAUGUGUCACCGUUGCCAUUGUUAGACUAGACUUUAAAAGAGCUUAUUUUAUUCAGACAGGGCAGCAGGACACAUUUGUGAUUUGUGACUACCUCAGGAAGAUGUUGUUGCUAUUUUCAGGUACCUUUUCUUGCUUUGAAAUGAAAAGUUGCCCGGUCUAAAAUCAAACCUGUGGAUGCUUUGACAUCUCAAUCAGAGACUGAAUGUUAAAAUGAGCUGCAGAAAUCAGAGUUUAGAAACAUCAGUGUUGUGUUGCACUGAAAAUGCAAAACCCAUUAGCAGAAUUUUAGCUACUUUAUAUGCAUGGACUCUCAGUUAUCCUGUAUUCGGGAGGCGGUCCUGUCCGUUUAACAUUCCAUGAGUUAAGUUGGCCGUUGUUGGAUCUGUGGGAUCACUGAAAAAGGAGCAUACGGGUAUUUUUUACAAUCAUAGACUAGGGAUGUGAGGCUUUAUUGCAGGGGAAGGGGAGGGUAGCUAGGUUUGCUGUUUUUGUUUCACUUUUCUUUCUAGACCAAAGUGUUAUGCAAUGCUUUCUUCAAACACCCACUAAUGGGUAGGGAGCUGACAGCUCAACAAAGAAUGAAUAUAUAUAAAGGAGAACUUUCUUAUCAAUGAAGGAUGGUGAUAAGAAAUUAAUCAAUAUGUAACAGAGGAGAGACCCUCAGCCGGGCAGACAAGCGGGUCACCAAAACUCCACCUUAAUGCUGCUAAUCAGAGCCACGUUUCACAGGCUUCAAACAACACUGCCUUCACGUGGAAGCUUUCACUUCGUUCUGAAAAAUCAACAAAUGGGCUGCAGUCAGAGCAGUUGGUUCACUAAAGCCUCGUCAUGUUGGUGGAGUUCUGCCAAGAACUUCACAAUAAUCACGUCAGUAAUCAUGUGACCAGAACAGAAAGAGAAUGCGUCAGUUGGAUUCCCUUUAAUGUCAGCCUCUAACAUUAAAGGCUAAUGAUGAAAACCAUUUUCACAUGACCCUGGACGAUAAAGUCCAAUGUGUGAUGCAUAUCAGACAUUAUUCUAAUGCAACUGUUGUAACCUCUUGUACCUUUUUACACCAGCUGAGCUUUUAGUUGUUUUCUUGCCAACCAGCUGGAAGUUCUGCAAAAACACCAAAUUUCACCAUGUGUUUGUGUUUUAGUUUUUUAAUGCAGACAUCUCAGUACACUUGAAAUGAGGCAAAACUAACUUCUUGCUGCAGUAAGAUACAGGAGCUUGUUUGUAAGUCAAUAAUUCCUUAAUAUUGAUGAAAAAGUGCCAGUGCCAAUGGCAGAUUAUUUCACUUAUCUGUUUUACGAGUGACAUAAUCUCAGUGAAAUGAACUUUUUCAUCAAUAUUGGAGAAUUCAUUUAGAACAAGCUCCUAUAUCUUGCUGAAAAGUGAUUUGUCAGCUUUUUUUCUUAUUUCAAAUUUAUUAACACAUUGCUAACACUGAAUGCAGCAUUUGGUUGAUCAUGUUUUUCUGAUUCAAACCUUGAAGUUUUAGAACAACUGACCGUGAGCUGAAAUGUAGCUCCUGAUGGUGGCCCACGUCUUAAAGAAUCAACGUUGAGUGAUGGAAUUUAGGUGACCCACGUCUGGAUGAGCCUCUGGGACAGAUAUGCACAUUGUUUUAAAAKAAUAGCCAUAGGAAAAAAAAGGUCUUUAUUUUUAAAAUGUGAGAUGAUCAUUUCAGACCGCUUGAAUAUUUCCUCGUGGAUUCUUCGGGGUUGUCGCGGUUUCACAAUAUGCGAACAAUUAGAAGCGCAGGAAGAUGCUGUUCUUGCAACAACUUUUUUUUUUUUUUGUUGUUGGAAAUUUUUUCCUUUUUUUUUUAUUUGUGUUUUUUUUAUUAUUUUUUUUGCACACACCGAUGAGGUUCAGAGACCUGGACGCUUGACCAUGGCUGCUGCCCUCCCAGUGUGUUCCUCUGGCAGGUCCCUGCAGACCUGGAUCUAAACAGGGUAAAGUGAGUGUUUUAUGUUGCAUUCAGGAGUUCCUCAGUGACUGUGCUGAUGUACCUGUAGUGUUAGUAGAUGUAGGUUUGGGGACAUCGUAGGUCCUCUUUUAGAAAAUGUAUUUUUUUUCUCCCCUUUUUCACAGUAUUUCACUCAAGCUUUGAGACGGUGGUUGUAGUCUGAAGGUGAGGAAUGGGGCGGGGGUCCUCUUCACCUCCCCCCAUGUCUGACAGAUGCCACCUGUCCUCCUCCAGUCAGCCUCGCUCCAGCCUUGCUUUGUGAAAUGUGUUUUCCUCUGUAGUUAUUCCGAAUGUUUUCAGGGKUUUUUU